CUUAGUCGUUAGUUUCUUCUGCGCGCUCUUCUGGGUGACCGUCUUGCAGAGCUCAUCUAUUUUUUUUUUUUAUGGUAAAAAGCAGAGCUCCUCCAUUUUUUUUUUUUGGUAAAUAGCAGAGCUCUUCUCUAUUUCCAGGUCGAAUUUCUCACUUUGUGGAAUAUAUUUUUCCGUGCUCACUCUGUAGAGAGAGAUAGAAAACCUUGUAGAGAGAGAAGUGGGAGAAAAUUUCGUAGAGAAAUAGAGAUGAGGCGGAUCACAGGAAUCACCUCUAAGACCCUAGAAAAGUUAGAGAAAAGUGUACAAGCCGGCAACUAUUAUGAGGCUCAGCAGUUGUAUAAGACUAUAUAUGCGAGAUAUGUGGCAAGUCAGAAAUAUGCUGAAGCCUUGGAUUUGCUCCAAUCAGGUGCCUGUAUCCAACUUGCACAUGGACAGGUUACUUGUGGAGCCGAGCUUGCUGUUCUAUUUGUGGAGGUUCUUGUCAGAGGAAAAUGUCCUUAUAAUGAAGGAACUCUUGAUCGUGUCAGAAAAAUAUAUCAAGAGUUUCCACAGCUAUCUGUGCCACAACAUUUAGGGGAUGAUGACGACAUGCAAAAGCUUUCAGAGGCCUUGGCAGCAGCAAAAACACGUGUUGAAGGGUGUUCUUCAUUCUUAAAGGAAGCGAUAAAGUGGUCUGCAGAAUUUGGAGCUCCUAGUAAAGGAUCACCCGAAUUACAUGAUAUGUUGGCAGAGUACAUUUAUUCCCAGUCUCCUGAGUUGGACAUCACAAAGGUCUCAAUGCAUUUUGUCCGUGGAAGGCACCCAGAGAUUUUUGCAUCUACACUAGUGAACUUUAUGGGAAAGUGCUAUCCUGGUGAAGAUGAUUUGGCGAUUGUUCGUUCAGUUCUUAUGUAUCUGUCUUUGGGAAAUCUGAGAGAUGCUAACCUUCUCAUAGAUGAAUUGAGGAAGCAAUUGGCAUCCAAGCAGUUGGACUUCCCUCUCACAGAUUUGACACAGUUCGUCAUUUAUCUUUUGCAGACGUUGGAAAGAGAUGCUCUACCACUUUUUAGGAUACUGAGACAAAAUUACCGUACUAGUAUAUCUAGAGAUCCUUCAUUUGAAGAAUUGCUUGAUGACAUAGCUGAAAGAUUUUAUGGAGUACGACGUAGAAGUGGUGGCCUACAUGGUAUGCUAGGGGAUUUCUUCAAGAUGAUGGGUGGUGAAGUUGCAGCUUGAAGAAGUUCCAUUGGUUCUCUUGCUUUUACAGAAUGGUUUGUCUUCUUUAGGUUUCACAUGGUUUGGCUAAUGUUGACUAGUUAACUUGCAUUAGUGAUGCCAUGUCAAGUUUUGGGUAAGUGGCUUGAUCGUUAUGGUCUUCAUUGUUGCACCCUGUCCUCAGUUCUGAUCCCACUGUUGACCCUUGAGAAUAAAAAAGAAAAAAAAAAAAUGUUAUCGCUUUACGCUUUGACUAUUUGCGUUCAGACCUUACAGUGUUGAGGGUCUGCAGCUAGCAUAUUGGAAGCCCUAAUUUGGUAUUUGUAGGUUAAAAGGGUUUAUUAUGUUGGCGUAACCUUUUCUUCAACUAUUAGGAAGUUCAAGGAUUCUUGAUUUACUUUUAUUGGCUCUAUACAAUUUCAUCAGUUUGGUUACUGCUAA